AUGACACUGUCUAUUCGAAAUGCAAAGAAAAUGUUACUGCAUGAUGGAAAGAUUAUGGAAGAUGUGAAUGAUGAAUUGGUGGAGUCCUCCAAUGAUAAUGGUGCGGAUAAUAUGAACAGGGUUGAGGAUGAAAGGUUAGGAGAAAAUGGUCCGAUUGUACCGGAGGUAGGAAUGAUGUUCAACAACGAAACAGAAAUGUUUGAGAUGUACAAGAGAUAUGCUUAUGAUAUACGUUUUCCUGUUAGGAGACGGAACUCAAAAAAAGGGGAUGAUGGCAUUCUGAGAUAUGUAACUUUCACAUGCAGUCGUGAAGGCAGAAGAAGUAGUAAUGUGAGUGGGUCUUUAAAGCCUAAAUCGAUAUGCCAAACUGACUGUAAAGCAAGGAUCUCAGCCUCUUCAGAUUGUCGUGGAAGAUGGAGAAUUAACACAGUCCACCUUGAUCACAACCAUGAGACUAGUCCUUCUAAAUCUAGGUUGUAUCGAUGCAAUAGGGAGUUGAGUGCAAAUGUGAAACGUAAACUUGAAGUGAAUGAUGUUGCAGGCAUUCCGUUACAAAAAAGUUACAACUCCACAGUUGCGGAAGUAGGUGGAUAUGAGAACAUGACAUGUAUAGAGAAGGAUUGCAGAAACUAUAUCGAACAAGUUAGACGUUUAAGACUUGGAGAGGGAGACGUAGCUGCAAUACAGUCCUAA